AUGGCUUCCAUCGCUGCCCACGCCUCCCUCGCUCUCCCUGCGCGUGCAGUCCAGAGCAGCGCUGCACCACAGAAGCUGCGGUCGUCAGUUCUCGGCCAACGCCUGGCCGUUACCGUCAAGAAGUACCUCGUCGCAGCCUGCCAGCGCAACUCCUCCCCUAGAGCCGCCGCUGAUGACGCCGCUCUCACCCUCGCAAAGGCCCUUCCUCCCGCCGCUCUCACUUCCCUCGUCCUAUCCCUCGCAGCAUCCCCCGCCGCGUUUGCCGAGGAUGUCGCCGCUCCCGCGACCCCUAUCUUCGGAACUGAGCUUCAAGCCAUUAACCCUGCCGCCGCUCCCUCAGCCCUGGGGCAGUCAUCCCUCACUGCCCCUCCCGUGGCCACGGCUAACCGCCUAGACCUGCCUGAGAGCACCACCUGGCGCUACAGUGAAUUCAUCAACGCAGUGCAGAGCGGUAAGGUGGAGCGCGUGCGGUUCAGCAAGGACGGCGCGUUCCUUCAGCUGACGGCCAUCGACGGCCGCCGCGCCACCGUCACCCUGCCGAACGACCCGAGCCUGGUCGACAUUCUGGCCCAGAACGGCGUGGAUAUCUCCGUGGCGGAGAGCGAGGCGAGCAACAACUACAUCGGACUCAUCGCGAACCUCCUCUUCCCGCUCAUCGCGUUCGCCGGGCUCUUCUUCCUCUUCCGCCGCGCGCAGGGUGGCCCUGGCGGAGUAGGCGGCCCCGGCGGGCCCAUGGACUUCGGCCGCGCUAAGUCCAAGUUCCAGGAGGUUCCUGAGACCGGCGUGACGUUCAAGGACGUGGCGGGUGCCGAUCAGGCGAAGCUGGAGCUGCAGGAGGUCGUCGACUUCCUUAAGAACCCUGACAAGUACACCCAGCUGGGUGCCAAGAUCCCCAAGGGCUGUCUGCUCGUGGGUCCCCCCGGUACCGGCAAGACCCUUCUCGCCCGCGCUGUGGCCGAAGGCCAAGUCCAAGGCCCCUGCAUCGUCUUCAUUGACGAAAUCGACGCUGUGGGCCGUCAGCGUGGCGCGGGUCUGGGCGGUGGCAACGACGAGCGCGAGCAGACGAUCAACCAGCUGCUGACGGAGAUGGACGGCUUCCAGGGCAACACGGGCGUCAUCGUCCUCGCCGCCACCAACCGUCCCGAUGUCCUCGACUCCGCGCUGCUCCGCCCCGGCCGCUUCGAUCGCCAGGUGACCGUUGACCGCCCGGACGUCGCGGGGCGCGUGUCGAUUCUGAAGGUGCACUCGCGCGGGAAGGUCCUCGCGAAGGACGUGGAUCUCGACAAGGUGGCGCGCCGCACGCCCGGAUUCACCGGCGCGGACCUUCAGAACCUCAUGAACGAGGCAGCGAUCUUCGCUGCACGGCGCAACCUGAAGGAGAUCUCCAUGGACGAGAUCUCCGACGCGCUGGAGAGGAUCAUUGCGGGGCCCGAGAAGAAGGGCGCCGUGGUUUCCGCUGAGAAGCGCCGACUGGUGGCGUACCACGAGGCUGGGCACGCCGUGGUGGGCGCGCUCAUGCCGGAGUACGAUCCGGUUGCUAAGAUCUCCAUCAUUCCCCGCGGCGGCGCUGGCGGUCUCACCUUUUUCGCCCCCAGCGAGGAGCGCCUGGAGUCGGGACUCUACUCACGAUCCUACCUUGAGAAUCAGAUGGCGGUGGCUCUGGGAGGCCGAAUUGCCGAGGAGCUGAUUUUCGGCGCGGAGAAUGUUACCACUGGCGCUUCAAACGAUUUCAUGCAGGUGUCGCGCGUGGCUCGGCAGAUGGUUGAGAGGCUCGGGUUCAGCAAGAAGGUUGGGCAGCUGGCUCUGGGUGGAGGUGGAGGGAACCCGUUCCUUGGCCAGCAGGUGACAAACGCGACCGAGUAUUCCAUGGCCACGGCUGAUCUGAUUGAUUCUGAGGUGAGGGAGCUGGUGGAUCGGGCUUACACGAGGGCCAAGACGCUGCUGACGGAGAACAUCGAUGUGAUGCACAAGCUGGCGGAGCUGCUCAUGGAGAAGGAGACGGUGGAUGGGGAGGAGUUCAUGAGCCUCUUUAUUGAUGGCGAUGCCAAGCUCAUGUUGAACUAG